AUGGAAGAAUUGAAUGAGAAGUUGGAGAAGUUGAAAUCUAUGUUAGAUUUGGAUUUUGGUGUUCAGAAGGAAGAUGCCUGUGACUGUAUUUUGAUAGCAGUCCACGGGAUCGGAACCACUGAAAAUAUGCUUGAAAAUGACUAUAAAAGCCUAAAACAUAGCCUCGAAGUUGUUAGAAAACAUUGGUUCUAUAAUCAAAAACUUAAAAUUCAUCUUUGCUUUAUUAAUUGGAAAAGAUAUAUCGUUGAUGCACAAAAUAAUGAUAUUGUUUGUAGAUUAUUUGAUAAUUAUUGUAUUGAUACGAUGAAGGGUAUGAGAAGAGUGUUUAACCUGGCAGUAAUGGACAUAAUUUUCUACCAAAACCCCAAAUUCUCAGAUUAUCUCAUGAACAACAUCGCUAACGAUUUAAAUAAUGAAAUCGCCAGACUACGCAAUCAUGUGUCUGGACAGUUUAAAGAAUCGAAAAUUGCCAUAAUUGGUUAUUCUAUGGGUUCAGUUUUGGUCUAUGAUCUCUUAAGCGUUAAUCCAUGCAGACUUUCAAAUAUUGAAGCAUCAAAGAGGCCAAGGUUAGAACAUAAAAUUGAUCUUUUUUUUGCUAUUGGAAGCCCAUUGUCAGCUGUUCUGGUUAAUCAAAAUCCUCAAUUAAUGAAAUUGGGAUUGAAGUUACCGGAAGAUAUAAAGUAUUAUAAUAUUUUUCACCCAUAUGACCCGAUAGCUUCACGAUGGGAAAAACUAAUUUAUCUAAACAUUAAUGUUCCGAAACCAGUUAUUGUACCUUAUUGGUAUAAUAAUGGUUUAAAAAAUUGGUAUAAUCUUGAUCAACAAUUUCAGGUUUGUCACACAGGUUUAUUCCCCAACUACUAUAUUAUAUAUUGUAAAUCGGUGAUUGCUGAGAAUUUGACUGAUUUUUCAAACACAAUCACUAAAGGAAUUUAUAACCUCUUUGGAACAAACCAAAAUAAUAGCAUUCUAGAUCAAAAUAUCACCAAUAAUUCCAAUAAAUUGAAGGGAAAGGUUCCAGAUGAAAGGUUAAAUAUUAAUAAGUCUGAAUCCUCAAUGUCUGAUGAAUUGGCUUCUGAAACUGUUAGAGAUGAUGACUUUUUCAGUGAUUUCGAAAUCGAUUUAUCCUCUACUAACGCCUUAGAAAAGGCUAAUAGUAAUAACACUUUACCUAAAAGAUAUGAUUAUCAGGUACAAGAAGAUGUAACGGAACAUUUUUUGAACCCUCUAGCAAUAUUACAAUCACAUAUCAGUUAUUGGGGUUCACGUGAUGUUUCCUUUUUCAUCCUCAGUGCCAUACAUCCAGUGAAGGAACGAGUGCCUCUUACAACUCUACUCUCAUUCGUUGAGUCCAAAGCAAAGGCGCUUUCUUUUUCCACAGAUAAUGAAGAUUUGAAAAAGGAAUUUUUAAAGGUUUCGGAACAAGCUAAAAAAUUACUAGAACAAAUAAACAGAGAGGUUUGUAUCAGGAACUAG